AUAGAAAUAAUCCGUUUUCAAGCAAUUUUUAUCCAACUAUCCCGGCUGUUGCCUCAUCGUUGGUUCACCAAAAUUCUUAUGCUAUGCAUCGUGUCCCAGAAGAAGAAAUGGAAUGGGAUCGUCGGGAUGAAGACUUUAAACAAAAUCUAGAAGAUCAGUGGUUUGUUAAAAGAUGUUUUUACAGAUAUGACGUUUUUCGUCGAUGUCCGAAUAUUGAAUGGCUUGAUGGAUCCUCAAUUGAUCCAAAGGAAAAAGAAUUGGGAAGUAACUUACUAAAUGUGGAUACAGCUAAAAUCUUGAAAUCUGCGUAAAGGAUACGUUUUGCUGUCAUAAUAUUAGUCUAGAGAUUUUUUAUGCAAAUAAAUUAUUGUUAAACCACU